CCUUUCUAUAUGUUGCCUUCAGAUGCUGUGAUCGUAUACUUCUUCAACAUUUCACACCAGUGCCGUCAUUAUAGGUGUUCAAUAAAUCCACCAAAGUCAAGUAUAAGCCUACAACCUCAGAGCAUCUCUUGCGAGAACAUUUUCUCUUGGUUACUGGACGAAUGAAAUGAAGCCAUAGUGGCAUUCACUACGUUGGUAGAAUCGGAGGUAAUUCAUAUUCCGUUCUUUGUACGAAUCGUUGCUGUUUUCUGAGGUACGAGAUGGAGAGAAGUUUGAGGAUCAUACACUUCAUUCAAAGUUCACCAUUGUCAACUAUAUAUACUCGCUGCUUUGUUCUCAAGCUCCUACAAAUUUGAGCGCCUCAGCUCCCAGGAACCCGUGUUAACGCCUAGACUUUUACUAGCUAUUGCCCGGCGUCAAGAGAAGUGAACUCGUCGAGGGGCGCUAGUGUGGGACCUGGUUGCUAUUUAUCACUGACGCGCGCUUCCUCUGGUUUCCACUUCCUUCACAACCACAACUCGGCACAAUCACCAAAACUCGCCGAUACGAGUACACACUUUGGAUCGUGGCUCACCUCCACUCAUUGUUCAGGUUCAUAUCUCUGAAUGUCUAUUUCAUCGCCAACUAAUAUACAGAGCUUCAAGCUGCCCACAUUGUUCAUUCUGGUAAGUCUUCUAUUCCAUUGCGUCGUCUCAGGUAACCCAGCUUGGUCACCUAUCUCUCAUUCAUUCUUCCAUGACAUGAAUCACUCCUGGCCUUCUGCAUAGUUCCUAUAUCUCACUUCAAUGUGCUAUUGGUUCUCAAGUUCAAGUUGAUCAGAAGUCUACAACUGGACUUCACCGACCCUUGGCAAUACCAGGCACUCAGCUUCAUACAACCUGUAUGAUCUUGGGCUGCCCUCUUAUCCAUACUCCAUUCAUAUCCAACCAUCUUCUUCUCUUCAGAACACAGCACCGCCAUUCAUCAUUACUGCUUCUUACUUUCAUAUUCUUCGAUUUCGGUUGCCAAGUGACAAAUAUCUGACCAUCUCCAGCUUCCAGUCUUGCCAGAAGACCGUUUCCGUCGCUUCAGUCUAUUUGGACCCAUAUCAUCAACAUCAUCACUCAGGUCAGUCCCCCAAGUUUCAUCUCACUCAGACUCCAUCCUUAUGGGCCAUGUCCUACCUCGCCUUCCAUAUGAAUAGUGACUGACUUUGUUCUCAGAAUAACCUGAUAUCCUGCCUUGGCCUCUGACAAGAUGUUCAACCCAGCUCAGUACCCUCAUUUCCAGGGGGCGGAUGUCUUCAUCCUGGCGCCAACCGGAGACACGUGGAACCUGCACUCCAGUAUGCUCUCUUCGGCGUCCACAAAAUUCUCCGAGCUCCUGAGCAUCAACCCUCCCGCGAACGUCACUCUGAAGCAACGCGAGGAUGGAAAAACCAUCAAGUGGCGCUUCCACAUGAAGCCCGACCCAGGGUGCCGCUUCGUGGAGUUUGUAUUUGUCGCUCACUCAACUGCCAAACAGGCCAUUUUCAACUUCACCCCCAUUAAUGCCCAGAGCGGCACCGACUACCUCCACAUCUACGAUAAUCUCUUUCGGUGCAUGUGCAACAUCGAUCCGAUCCUGUUUCCUGGUGACGAAGCACUGGUGAACGACUCCCUCCGUCUGCUCCAGGCCGCAGAACCCCUCAAGGCCGUGCCAUGCGUGCGCCGCGAUAUUGAAACGCACCUCCUCCGCACCGGCACCUAUCUUUGGCAACGCGUUCUGCGAGACGUUGAGUACUGGGCUGAUAUUGGAGUUCGCCUUCGCUCGCCUGUCAUUUUUCGAGAGUCCAUGAUCAGAAUUGUUGGGCUGUGGAACGUCCCGUCUGCCAUCAAUAAGCAGACCCUGUUGCAUACGGCCCACGGCGUUACUAUCUAUGAUAUUGCCCAGAAGAAGGUCCAAGAGCAGACCGUUCGCAAGAUGGAGAUUGAAGGGCGCCUUCGAACCUUUUUUCCUCGCGUCAUGCUGCACCCACCAAGCAAUGACCCAGCUGCAGCCACACCAGGACGUGCCUUUUAUGCCAACGACGUCUAUUAUUGGCAGGCUCUCACCAUUGUCCGCCAGUAUAUUGUCAACGAGACCAUGGAAGGUCAUGGAUAUGCUGCUAGCGACGGCGGCUCCAAGUUCUACACCGCUAUUGGCACUGAUGGCGGAUCUUACUGCCGCGCUGCAGACCUGGAGGAUUGGCACAAGAAAUUUGACAUGACGGCGAAGGGGAAGCAGCGCCUUCGAGACUCUUUGACUACGGUGAAAGAGGAGUUUAGGGCCGUGGUUGCUGAGCUAAUGAUUUCGCGCUCAAACAUCCCUCGUCUACCCGGCGAUUAUCCGUAUCUGACGUUCACUGAGUUCAAGGACGAGGAACUUCCGUGGUACACGGCCCAAACCCUCGGCGUCAAGCACCGAGCUCCUGUGGAUCUGACGAGAAAGGCCGAGAAAGGCAACGAGGGGGGCCUCUUUGUGGCUCAGAACCCUACCUCGCCGGUUUCAGGCGCUCCAACUAGCUCUGCGGAGCAGAGCUCGCCAGUGUCUAAGGGAAAGAAUGGCUCCGAGCCUUCUCAAGGUGCCCCAAAGAAGGCCAGGCUCAGUUGAACGCACUAAGCAUGGUUACCGUCGCCCGAGAACUUGAAAAUCAAUAAGAGUCCUGUUAUUACCUCGGCGCCGGAAAUCCGCAAUGGUUGAUUCCGAAACUCACAAAGUUGCUGCCUUGUUGGUAGAACCUCAACAGCCUUCGUCUGCCUCUCUUGUUUGUGCGAAUACCAACGAUGCUUUUUUUUGCUUUCGGUUUCCGACCUUUCGCUGGCCUGGCCGGUGUUCAACAUCACGGGUUUCGGUCGUCGCCUUCUAACAAGGGACGAAGUAUAUAUAAUGGCUGCACAUUUGAGGCGAUUGAUUGGAACUGGAGGGCCUGUAUUUCUGGAAGCUGCACCAUGAUCCUUUUCUCUUCUUUUGUAAUAUGGGGAAGCAAGAUCUGGAGUUGGUUGUCGGAGUUAAUAGAGGUACCCCAUCGAGGCUUUUGCAAGGAGAGAGACAGACAGGCAAAAUUAAUAGAAAUGAGGUUAUUACCUACCCACCAAAUAAUUUGCCGC